AUGUUCCGUCUCCACAGCCUGUCCCGGGGUCGGACACGCACCCUUCUCCGCCUUCCAUCAUCACAAUACCGAACAGUCAUGAUGGGCGCCGCAGCGCCAAAAAAGGAAGGCGAUAUCUCUUCCGUCUUCGUCUCUCUUUCGGGCGCCGCCCGUGAACCACUCCCGGACCGCUUCCGUGUGCUUAAAGAGGACCUCAUCGCGGGUCACGAGGAUGCCGUCGCUGCGUCCUGGAACCGGCUUCUGCGUGCUUUGCGGGAGGAGAAUCAAGUUAUCCGGGAAAAGGGACCCGCCAUCAUCCCGAGCGUUGAAUUCAAAGACUUGGAGGGCGACAUUGAGAGGCUAAAGGGUGAUAUUCGCAAGCGUGGCGCCGCUGUCGUUCGUGGUGUCGUUGAUGAGAAGGAGGCUAGAGGAUACAAAGAGGAGGUUGAGGAAUAUGUCAGGAAGAACCCAUCCACAAAAGCUUUCCCUGCAGACAACCCUCAAGUCUACGAGCUCUACUGGUCUCACCCACAAAUCAAAGCCCGCUCGCAUCCCAAUAUGCUCAAAGUCCAGUCGACCCUCAUGAGCUCCCUCUGGAACAAGUCCCCCUCGGCCGCCAUCUCUCUGCAACCCCUGACCUACGCCGAUCGCCUUCGCAUCCGUCAGCCCGGCGACGCAACGUUCGCCCUCGGCCCACACAUUGACGGCGGGUCUGUGGAGAGAUGGGAACGCGAAGGGUACGGCAAGGCCGGGACCUACGAUGCCGUCUUCCGAGGCGAAUGGGAGAAGUACGACCCGUGGGACGUCAGCGCCCGCGUCGAAGCUGUGCAAGACUUGUACAAUGGUGCCGGCGCAUGCAGCAUGUUCCGCAUGUUCCAGGGCUGGCUGAGCCUGAGCAACUGUGGACCGAGGGAGGGGACCUUGUUGGUGAACCCGUUGGUGCAGCUCUCGACCGCCUACUUUCUCCUCCGGCCGUUCUUCCAGCCGCGUAGGGAAUUAUUUGCGAGUGGCAGCGGGGUCGUCGCGGGAGAAGGCGAGGAGUUCUUGCGAGAGGAGAACUGGGCGUUUACGGGCGGCGAGGCAAUGAGUAGCGAGCUACAAGGGGCAACACCGGGACACGGACAGGAGCUCAGUGAGGCGCUGCAUCCGCAUCUGCAACUUGAUGGGACAAUGGUUCAUAUCCCGCGCAUCAAGCCUGGGGACUUUGUCGUUUGGCACGCGGACCAGAUCCACGCCGUCGAUAAGGUUCACCAGGGACAGGGAGACUCGAGUGUCAUGUACAUCCCUGUGUGUCCGGCGACGGAUUUGAAUGUCGGGUACUUGGCGAGGCAGAGGGAGGCGUUUCUUGAAGGGCUGCCAGGGCCGGAUUUCCCCGGCGGAAAGGGGGAGAGCGAACACGUGGGGCGGCCUGGAGAGGAUGCCAUCGAGGGGGUGGAGGCGAGGCGGGCGAUGGGAUUGGAAAAAUUGGUCGGCGCUGGAGAUGGGCAUGGAGAGAGGGAUUUGAUUCAGAGGGCGAACAAAGUCCUGGGGGUUUGA